CCGUGUCACAAUCUUGUACGCAAUCGUACACGUAAUGGUAUCCAGUAUCAUUUGUACUCGGUGGUGUACAUGUGUUUAGUGUUUGUGGCUAAGCCGGUAAAAUUACCUUAAAAUUAAAAAUGGUUUUAAAAGUUUUUAUUUUUCUUAUGUGUAUAUUGUUUGUGAAUACUACUGUGGUUGAUUAUAUUAGUGAAGCGGAUUUUAACAGAUAUGCACCUACUUUGGUAAAAACAUUAGUUGAUCUUCAAAAGGGCGAUUUUGUUUCUCAUUAUUAUGGUUUAAAAGUAUUCCACGUCUUUAAUUUUGAACUUCCUUUAAAAUUGUACUGGGAUUCUUGUGCUCAAGUUGAUGAAAACUUUGAUGUAAAAGCAUCAGCAGAAGAUAUUUAUAAAGCGAUUACAAUAUGGACGAUAAGUUUAUGUGAGGAGCGUAUAAAGGUUCUUAAAAGUAGUAAGAACAAGGACGCCCCUAGGGUUCAAGGUUUAAAUGGUAAACUACCUACUGAUGACAUUUUAAAGGUAAAACUUUAA